AUGCCAGAAAUUAUGGGUGACAAUCGUGGCAUGAUACUUUGUCAAAAAAUGCGCGACUUUUGCGAUCACCCGCGAAUCCUGCGAAUCGACGAAAAUCAACCAUAUCUCAAUUCGUUCACCUUAUGGCCAGUCAAAGAGCUCAAAACAAUUCUGAAAGAUGUGCGAACCGCUCUGGAGAUGAGCGAUAUUUGCUACAUUUUGGUGCGACAUCACAAAUUUUUGAAUGACAACUUGAUUGAACGAGUUUGGAAGACGCAAAUCGAGUGUGAUUUGACGACGCGAGGAUUUAGCGCGUUUGGCGAAGCGAUUCGCGCAAUAAUUGUCGGAAGUGGCGGUGACAUUUUGGGAAGAGAAAAAAGUUUUGAGGUUUUGGAUUGGUAUAUGGGAUGUUUGGCGAGGCAUGGAAAACAGGCAACUCAGGAUUUUGCAAAAGUAAAGGAGGAAUCGGAAAGGUAAGUAGUUUGAUGUUUUUUAGACUUCCGAAGCCUCUUUUAUUGAAUUUUUCAAUGGAACAGGAAAAAAUAGAACGUGAACUAUGACGUGGCAAUUUACCGAUAAGCAUUUCUAACAAAAAAACCGAAUUUCGAAAAACGGCGCGGAACAGCUUACUGGAAGCCUAAGGCUAGAAGCCUAAACCAAACGUCACAAAGGUCGAAAGCUAACAUGUCAAACCUAAGUCCAAAAGAGCCUAAGCCAAAUGUCACGUUUUCAGAGUCAAAAAAGAGCUCCGCACCGAAAUUGACAGGAAAAUGAGCAUAACUCUAAGCAAACCCUUCAUCCAUUCAGUCAUCAAAAAACUCAACGAGAAGAAGUCCGAACUCGAAAAACUACGAGAAAUUCAAAUCUAUCAACGAAUCGUUGACAAAAACUAUGAAGAUAUGAUUGCACAUUUAAAAACCACUUUGGAUUUGUGAGUUUUUCGGAGAAAAUUUAGAAAUUUCAACAAAAAUGUUUAUACAGGCUCUUGCAACGUCAUCCGGAUUCGAUGGAAAUUCUCGAGACAAAACUCGAAGUUUUGCGAUUCGCCGAAAAUCUUCAAAACUAUCUGAAUAAUGCAAUGACGCAACUCGAAAGAUGUCGCGCGAAUUUGCCGCCAAAUUCAAGUGUUGAAGAAUUUCCGAGUGUUCAAUUUCGCGAGAAAUAUGCGAGAUUGACGAACGAAAAUGGACUUCCUAAUUUUUUGGAGAAUUUGUGA